AACCUUCCUAACUACUACUACUGUGUUGCUUGAUACCCUCUACUGUUGUCUGCUGGAUUGUGCCGCACCAAUCCCUUGGCCUCGCCCAACAUGGCGGUGGGAGCAAGGAAACGGAUCGUUGUUGUCGGCCUGGGCAUGGUCGGCAUCAGCUUCAUAGAGAAACUGUUGAAGCUGGACGCCCGGGCGCGGGAAUACAACAUCACCGUCGUCGGCGAGGAGAAACACGUGGCGUACAACCGUGUUGGGCUGACAACCUUCUUCGAGCACCGGAAGGUCGAGAAGCUGUACCUGAACCCCCUAGAUUGGUAUGACAGCAUCCUCGACGGAGCGCUGAGCUACCACGUCAACACCAAAGUCACCAAGAUCGACCGAGCAAGGAAAGCAAUCAGCUGCUCGGACGGCAAAGAGAUCGAGUACGACAUCCUCGUCCUGGCCACCGGCUCCGACGCGAUCCUCCCAAAGUUCCUCCCCAACCACGAUGCCACCGGCGUCUUCGUGUACCGGACCGUCGACGACAUCGACAAGCUCAUAGCCUUCUCGGCGUCCCAGAAAGGGACGGUUGGCGCUGUGGUGGGCGGCGGCCUGCUGGGUCUCGAGGCGGCCAAGGCGCUGAUGGACCUGGAGUGCUACGAGAAGGUGAAGGUCAUCGAGCGCAACGGCUGGGUGCUGAGCCGCCAGCUGGAUGCCGACGCGGGCGCCAUGGUGGUCGACCAAGUGCGGGCCCUCGGUGUUGACGUGCUGCUCAGGAAGGCCGUGAGCACGAUCGAGGUGGACGAGCGGCACAACGUGACGGGCAUUACCUUCGAUGACGGGGACUCCUUCUCCUGCUCGACAAUAUGCUUCGCCAUCGGCGUGCGGCCCAGGGACGAGCUGGCGCGGCAGGCGGGCCUCAAGUGCGCGGACCGCGGCGGCGGCAUCAUCGUCGACGACUGCCUGCGAACCAGCGACCCGGACAUCUACGCGAUCGGCGAGUGCGCGAACUGGGAGGGCAUGACCUUCGGCCUGAUCGCGCCGGGCGUGGAGAUGGCCGAUCUGCUGUCGUUCAACCUCACGCAGGCGAAGCUGCACCAGCCGCGGCUGUACAAGCGCCCGGACCUCAGCACCAAGUUGAAGCUGCUCGGCGUCGAGGUGGCCAGCUUCGGGGACUACUUUGCCGAUGUGGAGGGUCCCAAGUACCUGCCCGCGAAGGCCAAGAGGGCGGCAAACGGAGCCAACAGGGACAAGGGGACCAACGGCACAUCGAAUGGCGCCAACACGGACCGGCUGUCCCCGUCGCUGGUCAAGGCGCUGACGUACCGAGACCCGUUCCAGAACGUGUACAAGAAGUACAUCUUCACCACGGACGGCAAGUACCUGCUCGGCGGCAUGAUGAUCGGCGACACGAGGGACUACGUCAAGCUGGUGCCCAUGGUCAAGAACCAGAAGGAGCUGGACAUUCCGCCGUCGGAGCUCAUCCUCGGCGCGAAGAAGGAGGGCGGCGACGACGGCGACGACCUGGACGACGACACGCAGAUCUGCAGCUGCCACAACGUGACCAAGGGCGACGUGGUGAAGGCUGUCAAGGAGGGCGGCUGCACGUCGGUCGGCGACGUCAAGACGUGCACCAAGGCCGGCACGGGUUGCGGCGGCUGCGUGCCGCUGGUCACGUCCAUCUUCAACAAGACCAUGCGCGACAUGGGCAACGAGGUCAAGAACCACGUGUGCGCGCACUUCGCGCACAGCCGCGCCGAGCUGUACCAUAUCGUCAUGGUCAAGCGGCUGAAGACGCUGGGCGAGGUGAUGCGCGAGGCCGGGACCGACCCGCACAGCGCCGGGUGCGAGGUGUGCAAGCCGUGCCUGGCCAGCAUCUUCGCCAGCCUGUGGAACAAGCACGUCAUGGACGGGCCGCUGCACGGGCUGCAGGACACCAACGACCGCUUCCUGGGCAACAUCCAGCGCAACGGCACCUUCAGCGUGGUGCCGCGCAUGGCCGGCGGCGAGAUCACGCCGGACCGGCUGCUCGUCAUCGGCCAGGUGGCCAAGGACUAUAACCUGUAUACCAAGAUCACGGGAGGCCAGCGCAUCGACAUGUUCGGCGCCCGCAAGCAAGACCUGCUGGCCAUCUGGCAGCGCCUGGUGGACGCGGGCAUGGAGAGCGGCCACGCGUACGCCAAGUCGCUGCGCACCGUCAAGAGCUGCGUGGGCACGACGUGGUGCCGCUUCGGCAUCGGCGACAGCGUGGGUAUGGCCGUGCGGCUGGAAGAGCGCUACAAGAGCAUCCGCGCGCCGCACAAGCUCAAGGGUGGCGUCAGCGGCUGCGUGCGCGAGUGUGCCGAGGCGCAGAGCAAGGACUUCGGCCUGAUCGCCACCGACAAGGGCUUCAACAUCUUCGUGGCUGGCAACGGCGGCGCCAAGCCGAAGCACGCCGAGCUGCUGGCCAAGGACGUGCCGCCCACCGAGGUGAUCCCCAUCCUCGACCGCUACCUGAUGUUCUACAUCCGCACCGCCGACAAGCUGCAGCGCACCGCGCGCUGGCUCGAGGCCCUGCCGGGGGGCAUCCAGUACCUGCGCGACGUGGUGCUGCACGACAAGCUGGGCAUCAACGCGUCGCUCGAGGCCCAGAUGCAGGAGCUGGUCGACUCGUACUUCGACGAGUGGGCCGAGGCCCUGCGCAACCCGGCCAUCGCCGCGCAGUUCCGCCAGUUCGCCAACACGACCGAGACGGUCGACGGCGUCGAGCCCGAGCAGGACCGCCAGCAGACCCGCCCGGCCAUGUGGCCUAGGGACAGCAACAACAACAACAACAACAACAACAACACCUCGCAGGACUCGCAGGCGGCGGCGCCAAAGGAAGACUUUGCGGGCUUGCGGGAGCGCUGGUCCGAGACGACCUGGCAGCCCGUGCUGGAGGCGUCGUACUUUAGGGGCGCGGAUGCGCUGCCCAACGGUAUUAGCGCCACGAUCAAGCGGGGGGACACCCAGCUGGCCGUGUGGCGCUUCAAGGGGCGGUACUAUGCCACGCAGCAGAUGUGUCCGCACAAGCGGGCGUUUGUGCUGUCGGAUGGUUUGCUGGGCGAGGAUCCUGCUUCUUCUACAUCUUCUGAAUCUUCUUCCGGAGGGGAUGACAACAACAACAACAACAAAAACAAAAAGGCGCCGUGGAUCUCCUGCCCGCACCACAAACGCAACUUCGACCUCUCCUCGGGCGCCUGCCGCAACGACGCCGACCCGAACAUGUCCAUCGCCACCUUCGACGUCGAGGAGCGCCCCGACGGCAUGGUCUACCUCAAGCUGCCGCCCGUCGACGAGCUGGAUGCCGCGCUGGGCACCAAGCGCUGGAUGGUGCGCCGCGGCGAGGCCGGGCCGGGCCAGUUCGCCGAGGUCGACAAGAAGAUCGGCUUUGUCGGGCAGCGGGCCAAGAAGCCUGGUGUCAAGCCCGUUGGGAAUAUGAUGAGUACCAUGAGUAUGCGGAAGCCGGUGGAGUUGAUGAUGGGUGGUAGUGCUGGGGCGUGUGGAGCGGCGCCGGAGUGGUAGACGUUUUUUUUG